AUGUUAAUUAUUUUGUCUUACGCAAAGAUAGGCGUGCGUCAGCCGACCAUCGCACGUCGUUCGGUCGACUGCCGCGCAUCAGGUGGCUGUAGCCCGCCCAGCUGGCCACUGACUCACUCCCUUUCUUCGGCGGCGCGACCGACUCGAAUAUCCAUACCACUAUAUUUCUCUGCAAUUGAUCGACAAACAUCGCGAAACGCUUGCUUGUUUUUCCAUCUGUCUGUUAUUCUUUCUCGAUUUUCUGUCAGUAAAUAUGCCUACCGUUCCAGCAGACUGCUAAUAUCUAUCUAUGUAUCUAUCUAUCACAUUCCACUUCUUUCUUUCUUUCUUUCUUUCUUUCUUUCUUUCUGUCUCUUUCUGUCUGUCUGUCUGUCUGUCUCCCUCUCUCUCUCUCACAAGCUUUUCAACUAUCUCUCUAUGUAUGAGUGUAUCAGUCUGUUCGUAUAUCUAUCUAUCUAUCUAUCUAUCUAUCUAUCUAUCUAUCAGUUUCUUCAUCAAUCUAUCUGUGUAUCUAUCUUAUCCGUUAUUUCUUUCUGUCCUCUUUCUUUUUUCUUUCUUUAUAUAUUUUCUUUCUUUUUUCUUCUUCUCGUCUUUUCUCUUUCAUUGUUUCUUUUGAAUGUUUUUUUCUCUUUGUUUUUCUCUUUAUGUCACAUCGAUAGUUUUUAUUUGGCGUUAUUUUUUCUUCUUCCUUUCCGUCUCUUAUUUUUCUGUCUUGUUACUUUUUUUCAUUUCUUUCUUUCUUUCUUUCUUUCUUUCUUUCUUUCUUUCUUACCAUUAUAUUUUCUUUAUCGUUCUUUUCCUACUACUUGA